CCGCGACUUCGAUGAAGGGCCUGAAGAAGAAUCUCAGCCUCCUCAAUAGGAAGGGCUCAAGCUCCAGCUCCAACUCCAGCGAUUCUUCGAAGAAAUCCGACACAAGGCCGCCUCCCAACACACAGAAACCUCUCCCACCACCCGGAAAUGCCGGCGAUGGUCCUUCCCCUACCCAUCCCGUCAUAGCCAUCCCGCGGGUAGUCCCUGAGCCGAGAAUCGCACCCCCACCCGUUAUCAUCGACCCAGCACAUUCAGAUUCGGACGAGCGCAUAUCGCCAGCUGAGUUGGCAGCCAGCGGUCACAGUCUCGGCCCACCGCGUGCGGGCACGUCCAGCAACACCCGUUUACGUCCAGGCGUCAAGGAUACGAUCCCCAUCAUCGGAAAGCCCCCUCGUCAGCAACGCAGCAGCCGGUUUGUUGUCACCACCAAGGUGGAAAUCGAGCGACUACCGUCGUUUCUGGAGACGACGCCGACGAAGCGACCUCAGCUGUUUAUCGACAAGCUUCGCCAGUGCCGCGUUCUUUUCGAUUUUCGAGAUGCUAGCUCUGAACUUCGAGGGAAGCAGAUUAAGGCGCAGGCGCUGACUGAGAUGCUGGACUAUAUUACGACUCAGCGCGGGGUGAUUACUGAGCAGCUGUACUCGGAGGUCGUUGGAAUGUUUGCUGCCAAUCUGUUUCGGUCGAUACCCCCGCCUAUCAAUCCCACAGGCGAACCCUUCGAUCCGGAAGAUGAUGAGCCAGUUCUAGAGCUUGCGUGGCCCCACCUGCAGCUUGUCUACGAAUUGUUCCUGCGCUUCGUCGAGAGCUCCGAUUUCAAUACUAAUCUCGCCAAACGACACAUCGACCAGACCUUCGUGCUCAAUCUCCUGGAGCUCUUUGAUUCUGAGGAUCCCCGCGAGCGAGAUUUCCUCAAGACCACGCUGCAUCGUAUCUACGGCAAAUUCGUCAGUCUCCGGGCUUUCAUUCGACGCUCAAUAAACAACGUGUUCUUCCAUUUCGUCUACGAGACCGAGAAGCACAACGGAAUCGCGGAGCUUCUCGAGAUUCUUGGUGCCAUCAUCAAUGGGUUCGCGCUACCUCUGAAGCCAGAGCACAAAAUCUUCCUGACACGGGUGCUGAUGCCUUUGCACAAGGUCAAAAGCUUGUCGAUGUACCACGCUCAGCUCGCGUACUGCGUUGUGCAGUUUCUCGAGCGAGACCCGAGUUUGGCGCAGGAUGUGAUGAUGGGUCUGCUCAAGUACUGGCCCAAAGUUAACUCCCCGAAAGAGGUUAUGUAUUUGAGCGAAGUCGAAGAGGUGCUAGAUGUGACGGACCCUAUCGAGUUCCAGAAGAUCCAGGUGCCUUUAUUCCAGCAGCUUGCCAAGUGUAUCAACAGCCAGCACUUCCAAGUCGCGGAGCGGGCGUUGAUGUAUUGGAACAACGAGUAUGUCGUGAAUCUUAUGAGUGACAAUCUGCCUGUCAUUCUGGUGAUCGUGUUUCCUGCACUGUACGCAAACUCGAAGUCGCAUUGGAAUCGUGCCAUCCACGGCAUGGUUUACAAUGCGCUACGACUCUUUAUGGAGAUCAACCCUGAUCUGUUCGACGAAUCCUUGCAGCAGUACAAGCAGAGAAAGAUUGAGGAACAUGAAUCAGCGGUCUAUCGGUACAACGCAUGGAUGAAAAUGCGACAAGUAGCGGCUCAGAAUGCACCUGGGGGACAUCUGCCUGAAGGAUAUGUUGAACUACCACUCGACCCGCCUGAAGAACCGGCGGAGGAGCCAGACGUUUUAAAUCUUGCGAUGGAGCUCAACGCCGCAUCGAUGGAAGACAUGUCAGAUCUGGACGAACAUGGAAUGGAACGCGUCCCCAUUGCUUGAUCUUUGUACGUCUCAUCCUCAUGGGCCGUAAAAAGCUGCUCAUGAUGAUAUCGUACCAGCUUGGGGUGGACUUUGAGCAGCAGGCUGUCACCGAGACGGCGGGCCAUAUGCUAUUUCAGAGGACCCUCGUCGCCCACUAGCGCUUUCAGGCUGGGCUACCAACUCCUCUCAGACUCCUCAACGGGUCAUCGAGGCAUUUCCCUAACCUUUCUUUGUAAACUUCAAGGAUUAUACCAAUGCCAUACAUUGUUAUCAUUUGCAGACUGCGUUACCCAUUCACCUAGGGGAUCAUCACGUGGAAGACCUCCGGUUCCCACGUGCAGACUUUCCGGUUCCCAUGCCUUAGUCGAAUGCCUUGCUUGAGAACGCUGAGCUCGAGAGCCUCUCGGUGGAUACCAGGCCCUAUAACUGGGGUUCUGCGUCGUCAUCCCCACGUUCGUCGGCCUUAGAUGUUCGUGUGAGACCUGUCUCAGUAACACCACUGCACGUGUCCAAUGACGAGAUGUUUU